GCAGCUGCCGGGCAGAGAUGGAGAAGUUUCGGGCGGCGAUGCUGCUGGGGGCCGCGGGGGAUGCGCUGGGGUACAGAUACACCUUCCCGGACAAUAGCGCCUCGGGCGCCAGGGUCCAGGAGGAGCUGGGGAAGAUGGGGGGGCUGGACCAGCUCGUGCUCUCGCCGGAGAAGUGGCCGGUGAGUGAGAACACCAUCACGCACAUGACGACGGCGGGGGCCCUGGUCACAGACUUCUGGUGCCUGGACGACCUGUACCGCGAGAUGGUGCGGCGCUACGUGGACGUGCUCGAGAAGCUCCCGGAGCAGCGGGCGGACCCGGCCACCGUCGAGGGCUGCUCACAGCUGAAGCCGGACAACUACCUCCUGGCCUGGCACACGCCUUUCAACGAGAAAGGCUCGGGCUUUGGCGCCGCCACCAAGGCGAUGUGCGUGGGCAUGCGGUACUGGCAGCCGGAGCGCGUGCAGACGCUGGUGGAGGUCAGCGUGGAGUGCGGCCGCAUGACGCACAACCACCCGACAGGCUUCCUUGGGGCCCUGUGCACGGCCCUGUUCGCAUCGUACGCCGUCCAGGGAAAGCUGCUGGAGCAGUGGGGACGAGACAUGCUGAGGACGGUGCCCCUGGCCGAGGAGUACUGUAAGAAGACCAUCCGGCACCUGGCAGAAUACCAGGAGCACUGGUUUUACUUUGAAGCUAAAUGGCAGUUUUACUUGGAGGAGAGAAAACUCAGUGAGGACACGGAGAACGAGGCCAGCUUUCCCGACCGCUACGACGCGGAGGAGCGGGACAAGACCUACAGGAAAUGGAGCUCGGAAGGUCGAGGGGGCCGGCGGGGCCAUGACGCCCCCAUGAUUGCCUACGACGCCCUCUUAGGAGCCAAGGGCAGCUGGACCGAGCUCUGCCGCCGGGCCAUGUUCCACGGAGGUGAGAGCGGGGCCACGGGGGCCAUCGCCGGCUGCCUGUUCGGGCUGCUGCACGGCCUGGACGCCGUCCCCGCGGGCCUGUACCGCGAGCUGGAGCACCAGGAGGAGCUGCGGCGCCUGGGCGAGGCGCUCUACCGCCUGUCCACCGAGGAGAAGUAACGCCUUUUCCCCACCGGGGCCCCGGGGGCCACGCACAGCGCAUGUGACAUCUUAACUUUCCCUCCUGACGCGCGUCCUAAUUGCUAUAUAAAAUACAUUGUUUGUCCUAUGAGAAUAUUCUUCCUGCCCUGACCACGCCUUGUGCCUUCUUGAUGUCACUCUGGACUCGACAGCCUCCAACCUCCACAUACGAGGUCGCGGAGGGUCUCUUGGACACUCGGUGUAUUUUAUUCCGUUGCAAAACUAAUGCCGUUUGCUCACUGACUCCAACAGCACUAACCACGACGGCUCCGCGUGGACGGCCUCCUCCACCUGCAGGGCGGCCAGCACGCACUGUUUCUAGCUCUUAGACGUGCACUUCAACACCUGCACACGUCUGGCGCCCCAGCCUCGCGGGGCCUCGCCCGGCGCCGCAUCCGCAUCCUCACCCGGUGUGUCCAGAGCAGAAGGAAGAGCGGCCGGUGUUGGCGCCUGCGGGGCGCCCCACGCACUGCGUUUAACCUCCAGCCCGCGUGUUUACUCUCGCUAGACGUAACACGAGCCCCUCUGGGAACAACUAACUGAUGAAGCCAGGAAAUGGGGGCCUCCUGCGGCCCCCGCCCGGGGCUCACUGACGAGGACAGAGCUGGCCCGUCCUCUGUGCCCGGGGCUCCUCUGCCUACGGCCUUGAGCAAGAGGACACUUGCUCUUGUUAAAAAUAACC